CCCACAGGCAGUAAAGUUGUAGUGUUAGGUUGACGUACCGACAGAUGCUGCCUCCUGUUUUAAAGAUAAUAUUGGAUUAAAGGUGUAAAUGUCGCGAAAACAGAGCGGAGCCUUUGGGGAUGCUUUACCAGGAGUCUGUCAAUGAUUCGUUACACAAGCAUAAAUAAAGACUUUGUCAUCAAUGGCCACACUCUGGUCCAAGAUCUCUGCUGUUCUGCCUCAUAAUGAGGAACAGUUUCCACUGCAGUUCAGUGACAAAGUAGAGUCAAGUGUAGUGGAAAUGCUGAGACGGUCUAGGCUGCAGCUGUACAGCGACUCUACGAGCGCCAGCCGAAUGCUAAAUGCUCAGAUCAUUUUGGAUUUUUCGUGGGAGAAACUCAACAUGGGAACAUGGCGCCACGUGGACAAAGAAUGGAGACGGGUUUAUUCGUACGGCUGUCUGUUCAAAGUAGGCGCUCUGUGUCGUGAAGACCCGUCAGCGGACGAGGUCCUGCAAGCUGUGAGGACUUGUGACAUGGGUUUACUCAUGGGUGCAGCCAUCAUGGACAAUAUACUUCAGGUUAUUGUUCAGAUUCUGCAAGAUGAAGUAAGGAAGUCCAUUAAAGAAGAAGAAGAAAAUGACCUCACUGAGGCCAAGAGAAUAAAGAUGGAGAACCCACGUACUCCUGUGAUCAAAGAAGAGUUGGCAGUUCCCAGGAUAAAGUGUCCUUCACUGGAGAGCUUUAACACAAACUACCUGCUCCCCCUCAAACCAGUGAUUUUAGAGGGGAUCAUUGAGCACUGGCCUGCACUCAACCAGCACCCCUGGAGCAUAGAAUACUUGAGGUCUGUUGCUGGCUGUCGGACUGUUCCUGUCGAGGUGGGAUCCAGGUACACAGACGAGGAAUGGUCACAGACACUGCUUACGGUCAAUGAAUUCAUUGAUCGAUACAUUUUGAAUAAAGACGGAGGAAAAGGUGUGGGUUAUCUCGCUCAACACCAGCUUUUUGAUCAGAUACCAGAGCUAAAGGAAGACAUCCGCCCUCCUGAUUACUGCUGCCUUGGCGAAGGAGAUGAAGACGACAUUACUGUAAAUGCGUGGUUCGGGCCCGGAGGUACUGUGUCUCCUCUUCACCAAGACCCUCAGCAGAACUUCCUGGCACAGGUUGUGGGAAGCAAAUACAUUCGCCUAUAUUCCCCACAGGACACAGACAAGCUGUACCCUCAUCAAUCACAGCUCCUUCAUAACACCAGUCAGGUGGAGGUGGAGAACCCAGACACAGAACGCUUCCCGGAAUUUUCCAAGGCUCCGUAUGUGGAAUGUGUGUUGCAGCCUGGAGACGUGCUGUUCAUCCCCGUCCAACACUGGCAUUACGUUCGAUCCUUAGAGCUCAGCUUCUCUGUCAGCUUCUGGUGGUCAUGACUAGAGAUCCGUGAUAAAGUGAUUACAUUUUGAGCUUGUUUUCCGUUUCUGUGGAGGGAAAUCAAUUUGGAGUUUUUAACUAAUGCCAAGCUACUUCUUGUGAAUUUGAGGACAACCGCUGAUCACACAAACCUUUGAUCCAUGAACAAUGAACACACACUGCUGAAUGAUUAGCUUAAUUGUGCUGCUGAUGAUUGCAACAACAUCUAUUGUGUAGAAAGCUAACAGCGGGGGGAAAAAAACAAAUGAGCAGUUAAAACUGUUUGUGCUCAUUUCAUCCUGCAUAUAAUUACGUAGAGUUGUUAGUCAUCUAAUUUGAUAGGAUAUGUUUCUCUUUUCAAAUUGGCAUAUUUAAUUGUGUACUCAACCUUAUUCCUACAACUAUCCUCAGAUGUAUGAUUUCCAUAAUUCAUGGAAAUGGGGCAAGUCUUCCAAUUUAAUAACCGAGUGAGCUACAGGUACGAAGAAGUGGUAAUAAACAAGGCUUUGUGGUUAAACUGACAGUCGGAGGCAAUCAAGCAGGUCACAGAUGGAAAUUAAUAAAUUAAAUGAAUCAAUCCCCUGGGACAGGCAGACUUUGAAAUUAAAACUGUCUCAUUGGUUAAGUAUCCUGACAGUCAAACUCUUGUCGAGCACCAAAAACACAACACCCGACUGCAGCACUUAAUUUUGCAUUUCAAACCUCUGACAGGCCCCAGUCAUGUAUCCCGUAGGUCCAUUUCAAUCAAGCCCUCUAAUUAGAGCCAUGAAGUAUGUGAGGAUGUGACCAAAUUAAAUGGAUCAAUGAUGUACACAUUUGAGCUGCUUUUCAGCCAAAUUCACAAUCAGCUGAAGUAGUCAAGGGAAAUCAAGGCAGAAUACUUCUGAGGAGAAGAGAAUGUAAGUUGUUUUAAGUAAACACAACAGCCCAAGAAAAUGGGAUUACAUUUUUUUUCUGAUUAAGAAAAAUGGGUAAGAGUUUGAGUAUGAACAAAGAAAGUAAACGUUUUUUAGGGCAGGUACUCGUUAGCUGAAAGAGAAACAGAGUAACGACCCACUACUACAUAAAGGCUAUAGUAUAAACUUGAGUGACAUUUGAAACUGGCCUAUAGGGCAGCCUAAAGCCUUUACAUACCUUUUUAUGGUACAUGUACUAAGCUAUGAAAAUAAUAAUUGACCUAUUCAUGUAUUUAGACAUCAUGUAUUAGUUUAUGUGCCAGAGUGAAUCGUUAAACCUAACUGUACUGUAUCUGUGGAUGGCUACGUUAGUGGCUUCCUUCCAGGCCAGUAAGCUUAUUAUCACAAAUAGGCCGAUUUAUGUUAAUAAUGCUAAUAAUAUGGGUGAUUCCUAUUUGUUAUAUUUUCACACAUAUUUUAUUACAAAAAGAAAUAGUUCAAAAAAUAAUCAAACAAUAAUUUGGUGGCUCCCACUCUCAGUACCCUCCUAGGUGUCCUUGACCCCCUGUUGAAGAAAGACAGUGGCAAAAAAAAACUCAACUAAACAAAUAAUAGGUUUAAAGAGUCUAACUACAUGAGUUGUGAUUGAAAUUGGAAUAGCUGUUUUCUCAAAGUGCUUGUAAAUGUCAUACAUGUUCUCAUAAAGGUACGUUAAUGAUUUAUAGUUAAUAGGUUUACGGAUCUUGACAGGUUUCAAGCUUUCGUGAUAGUGCUGCAGAUAUUUAUUACAUGUUGUGAUUUUUAUUGUGGUAUAAUAGCUGAUGCAAUAGACCUGUCCAUGUUCAGGUAAUAGACUCAUUCACACCGAGUUACUUUUCUUAUGGGGUUAUCUAAACCAAUAAUAAGAACCCUGGCAGAGUUUAAUUCUGUAAGUAAAUCCUUUAUACUUCA